CGCUUUUCUCAGGGGGAGGGCAGUAGUGUUGCACAUAUAGCUCUGGGGGAGCACAUAGUAUCUACCUUCGCCCAACUCGCUCUGACCCGUCCGGAUCCAGGACUCCUCUCACACCCUGAACUUCUGCUGGUUUCUGCCUUUCCAUCUCAUUUAGAAAACAUGGCAACACGAGUGGACAAAGAAGCCUGCAGGGAAGCUUACAAUUUGGUCAGAGACGAUAACAGUGGCAUUUGCUGGGCUUCCUUUAAGUACGACGGUUCCAUGAUCGUGCCUGCAGGUCACGGGUCCGAUUACAGCGAGUUUAAGCAGCAGUGCACAGAUGAUGUCCGCCUGUUUGGUUUUGUGCGGAUCACGACGGGUGAUGCCAUGAGCAAGAGAGCGAAGUUCACGCUGAUCACCUGGAUCGGGGAGAACGUGAGCGGCCUGCAGCGGGCCAAGAUCAGCACCGACAAGACGCUGGUCAAAGAGGUCAUACAGAACUUCGCCAAAGAGUUCAUGGUCAGCGAUCCACGUGAACUGGAGGAGGACUACCUCCGAGAAGAGCUGAAGAAGGCUGGCGGGGCCAAUUAUGAUGCUCAAACACAGUAGACUGGUGGGCGUGGCCUUAGUGCCUGGGGGCGGAGUAUCCAACCACAGCGAAGAAGGGGGUGGGGGCGACACGUGCCCGGCCAACACACACAUCCGCAAAGAUAUCUUCUCUAAUGUGGUCCUGGUUAACACCUGCUGUUAAUCCCCUCACACUUACAUACCAAGCGUACCAUUCCACUCCUUAUCAAGGUUCCUUCCCCUUCUGACAGGUGGGCCUUGAGCAGGUGCUAACACUGUGAUUGGUCAUCGUCCACACAUGGACAGCAUUUGAUCUUUGUUUGCACUUAGCUCUGCAGUCUUGCCCUACGUAUCAUGCAACACCUUGGGGAGUCAUGGCACAACUGCAGCAUUUUAACUGGUACAGAAGGGUUAUCUUCAUGUUUUUAACUGGAAACCAUUACAAUGAAAGAUGUAUCAGAUCACAAGUCUAAUUUCAAAAUAAAGGUUUCCCCCCCCCUGAAAUAAA